AGGGGAUCCAAGAUGGCCGCUGGUGUGUUUUCUCUGUAAGAAUUCCUGCUCUCUAUCCACUUAAUAUCCACUGAAUCCUUGGACUAUUGUUUGUUGAAUUUCAUUGUUGAAUGGCAUAAAGUAAAAUCAAACAAUAUCCUUGAUUUGAACCAGAAAGUCAGCUCUGGGUGUCGUUUGCUGACUUGAAUUGCACAGGUUGUAAAAGGUAGCUAGCUACCAAGCCUAGCCAGGAGGAGCUACUACCACCACCAGGCAGCAGCAGCUAGCUACCAGGCUAGCCAGGAGGAGCUAACACCACCAGGCAGCAGCUAGCUACCAGGCCAGCCUGGGAGCAUCCACCACCAGGCAGCAGCAGCUAGCCACCAGGCAAGCCCGGAAGGCCAGCUGGCAGCAGCAGCUACCUACCAGGCCUAGCCAGGAGGAGCUACUACCACCAGGCAGCAGCAGUUAGCUUCCAGGCCUAGCCAGGAGGAGCUAACACCACCAGGCAGCAGCUAGUCAGCUCUGGGUGUCGUUUGCUGACUUGAAUUGCACAGGUUGUAAAAGGUAGCUAGCUACCAAGCCUAGCCAGGAGGAGCUACUACCACCACCAGGCAGCAGCAGCUAGCUACCAGGCUAGCCAGGAGGAGCAUCCACCACCAGGCAGCAGCUAGCUACCAGGCCAGCCUGGGAGCAUCCACCACCAGGCAGCAGCAGCUAGCCACCAGGCAAGCCCGGAAGGCCAGCUGGCAGCAGCAGCUACCUACCAGGCCUAGCCAGGAGGAGCUACUACCACCAGGCAGCAGCAGUUAGCUUCCAGGCCUAGCCAGGAUCUUGUGCAGGAGGUGAAGGCUCUUCGCACCAAAAAUGCCGAGAAGGACAAACAAAUUGCUCACCUGGAAAGGAGGGUAAUGGAUCUUGAGGCAUACGAGGAUGAACGACGUGAUCAGUACGUCAAAAUCAAAGACACUGAAGAAACUGAGACAGUGGCAAAAAGGUAAAAUAAGGGCCAAAAAUAAGUCGGGGAAAUAACACACAGAAGGGGUGAUACAAUGAACUGACAAAUCCCAGCUUAUAGAGCACUCAACUGCAGUUUCAUUUGUCCUCAGGUAAACAAGAAGCACUUAGGGACCUUCCAUGGUGAGUGUGGUCAGUCAGUAAGGAGACAAGCCUCAAAACAGUCAUCAAGGAAAUGGACCUUAAAACAGUCAGUAUAGAGACAGUCUUUGAAAAAAUGUUAGUGAAGAGACAGACCUUGAAAGAGUCGGUGAGAAGAUGGGCUUUAAAACAGUCACUAAAGAGACAGACUUUAAAAUAGUCGGUAAGGAGACAUGCUUUAACACACUUAGUAAGGAGACAGGCUUUAAAACAGGCAGUAAGGAGACAGGUGUUGAAACAGUCAGUUCGGGAAUUUCCCUUUGUGGGACUAAUAAUAGAGUAUUUUAUCUUAAGGAGAUGGGCGUUAAAAGCUUAUUAAGGAGACAGACUUGAAAACAGCCAGUAAGGGGAUGGGCCUUAUAACAGUCAGUGAUGAGACAAAAAGUGUCAGUGAAGAGACAGGCCUUGAAAGAGUCAUUGUGGUGAUGGGCUUUAAAACAGUCAUAAAGAGGCACACUUUCAAGCAGUCAGUAAAAAGACAAGCUUUAACAAACUUAGUAAGGAGACAGACUUUAAAACAGUCAUCAAAAGGACAGUCUUUAAAAUAAUUAUUAAAGAGACAGACUUUAAAACAGUCAGUAAGUAUACAGACCUUUAAAUAGUUAUUAAAGAGACAGACUUUAAAACAGGCAGUAAGGAUACGGACCUUUAAAUAGUUAUUAAAGAGACAGACUUUAAAACAGUCAAUACAGGCUUUAAAAUAGUUAUGAAAGAGACAGACUUUAAAAUAGUUAUUAAAGAGACAGACUUUAAAACAGUCAGUAAGGAUACAGACCUUUAGAUAGUUAUUAAAGAGACAGACUUUAAAACAGUCAAUACAGGCUUUAAAAUAGUUAUGAAAGAGACAGACUUUAAAAUAGUUAUUAAAGAGACAGACUUUAAAACAGUCAGUAAGGAUACGGGCCUUGAAACAGUCAUUAAGUUGAAGGGCCUUUUAACAGUUAAGGACGGGUAUAAUGAGUAUGACCUUUAGCUUGACUCAGUCUGUCUCUGUUACUCUCUCUCUCAUGCUCUCUCUGUCACACACGCACACACACACACACACACACACACUCACACUCACACACACACUCACACCUGGCCGUCAGCUGGAAACAGUGGAGGUUCGGACUCACUGUUGACAGGAGUGAUUUACAUUCACACACACACCCGCACGCACGCACGCACGCACGCACGCACGCACGCACGCACGCACGCACGCACGCACGCACACACUCACACACACACACACACAACAUUCCUGCUUCUUCUGAAAGUUUAAUGAAUGCAGUUGUUUUUGCAGGAGCAGUAUCUGUAGAAAGCUUAUUGUUAACCAGGUGUGUUUCUCCUGCUUUUUCAGAUGUGCACUGGAAAUUUUCAAAUAUAUUUUGGCGCUGUGACCUGUAAAUUUCCCUGUUUACUCCUGUACACUCACACCUUGAGGAAACCCUUGUUGGUGGAUCAUGUCGUCAAAUCGAUGCUGCAGUUGUCAGGAUGUAGUGUUUUAUGUUUUAGAAGGUGCAAGCAGUCAAGGGUAAGUGGGAGGGGACAGGAGGAACAGGAGGAGGUGAAGACGGGGUUGAGGAGUUCACGUGCUCUUGAACUUGAUGCCUGAGUCUGAGUUUAGCACAUUUAAAGGAGGAGGUGAUCUGUUUAAUACUCGCCUGUCCCUCAUUAGACAGUGUGAUGGACACCUCCUUGUCAUCACCUCUAAUGAGAAAACCCAACAUAGAUCACAAAUAAAGACACACACACUCACAUCAGGUAUACACACAACACAACCAGCCUUUGAUGCUGAUCUCUAUCAAAUAUUCUCAUGGUUUACAGUUUAUAGUCUUACAGUUCAACCUUUUAAGUUUGUCGGUAACUUUUAAAACUUUUCUGAGCGAAGUACCUCUGAGGGAAAUGUCUUUAUUUUCUUUCACAUUUUUUAAUGUUUUUUUUAAGAGUUAGUUAUUGAAAGAUAAUUUAUAACCACUGUAUCAUGAAGUUGGGGGACAAAAGUACAAAAUAGGUGGAAACUGACUUUUUCUGUUGCUGCCCCAAUUUUAUGGAACGAGCUACCCCUCCAUAUUAGAGAAGCCCCCACACUGUCCAUUUUUAAAACUCGUCUUAAAACCCAUUUUUAUUCAUUGGCUUUUAACCCUGCAUGAGACUCGGCUCCUGUUUUAGUGUUCUAUGGUUUGUUUUUAGUUAUUUGUUUCUAUGUUUUUAAAUUAGUUUUUAAAAACAUUGAAGCUAUAUUUUAUUUUUAAUUCUGCUUUUAUUUUAUCCAUUGUUUUAAUUGUUUCUUGAUUGUUUUUUAUCUUGUUGUUUUUGUCCUGUUAUGUACAGCACUUUGUACAGCUGUGGUUGUUUUAAAGUGCUCUACAAAUAAAGUUGAGUUGAGUUGAGUUGAGUUGAGGUCAGUGAACACUGAGGUUCAAUAGAAGGCCUCAGAUUCGACAGAACUUUUAGGGAGACAGGAGGACUCUUAUGAGACAGAGAUCAAACAGGAAAAUUGAUCAACCUUAUCUCAGAAACAACCGCACACCAUAUAAACACUAAUGGACAUCCUCUCCAUAUUUCUUACUGUUAAUAGCAAACAGUGCCAUUGAAUAAUGGACCCCUUAACCCCCAACCUGAUGUAAACAGGUGGGUCUAAUCCUUAAUAUAAUGUAAACAGUAAAGUCUCUUCUCUUAUUUUAUGCCAAAAAAUGAGUUUAACCCUAAAUCUAAUGUAAACAGGAAAAUGAUAUCCUUUAUUUAAUAUUAACAGACCAGUCUUUUCCUUAAUCUGAUCAUGUAAACAGGUGAGUUUACUCCUUCAUUUUAUGUAAACAGGUGAGGUCAAUUCUUAAUUUUAUGUAACAUGUGAGUUUAAUCCUUAAUCUGAUGUUUACAGAUAAAUGUAAUCCCUAAUUGGAUGUAAAACAUGUGAGUUAAGCCUUAUUCUGAUGUAAAGUUUGAGUUCAAUCCAUAAUCUGAUAUAAACAGGUGAGUAUAAUCCUUAACCUGAUGUAAACAGAUGAGUUAAAUCCCAAAUUCUUGAAAUUCAGUCUGUCAAGUUGUAAUAAAGAGUAAAUGAUCUUUAGAGACCCAAAGUGAUUUUGCCAUUAUCAUAUUUAUUCCUACUGUAAAGGUCUCAACAUUGAGUUCUACAGGGACCGACUCACUGUAAGAGAUAGUCUCUAGUGGACAUGAGAAGAACUGCAGUUUUUUCAACUUCUGUGUUGACUUCAUGUUUUUUGUUUUUUUUUAACCUUUACAGCCCCUGGAGAAAAUUACCCCCACAUGAGGAGCAAAAACACACAAAUGAAAAAGACAUUAACAACCAUGCAAGACUGCAUAACAAACAGUAAACUAAGUCAGUGGAAACACCCGUUUAAGUGCUGCAUGGAAACUCCUCAGUAAUAUCAAGAGCCGUAUUUAACAGCAGCAGUGUGCAAAGUUCAGACUGAGUAUGGGAGCUUGUGAUGCCUCUAUUGUCCAUCCAUGCACCUCUUCUCUGAGUCUGGUUAAAGUCAGUUACUGACUGGUUUUACAGCACUGUAACCACAUUCACAUAGGGGAGGAUGGCUGGUUGGUUGCUGUUUGGUUGUUUUGUCUGGUUACUGGGCUGUGGUUGUAGAUGGUUUGUUGUUAAUUUCUGUUUUUGCCGGCUGGUUUUUGUGGUCCCUGUGUUGUGCAGGACCCCCUGUCUCUUGGGGUGUCAGUGAUUUCUUACUCUGAGGUGAAUAGCUGUUGUCCAGCUCUCAGGGGGGUUGGCUGCAGUGGUCCCCUGGUUUUAGCUGAAGUCCUGCAGCUGCCCAGCCGGCCUUGUCAGGGCCUUUUUAUAGUGGCAGCCUUCUCAACACUGCCGCACACAUGCUUUCUAGAGCGCUUUAUCCUGCAGGGGUAGAGUUACUCGUGCACAUGCAUGCGGGAGAGAAUGCACGAGACAUACAUCACACACACUGUGUAUAUGUGUGUGUGAAAGUCUAAUUAGGGUCUGCGACAAAACCCUCAGAACUACAAACAAACAGCAGCAAACUGGAGCCAUCUUUGCAACAAUGAAUGGGACAGUAUAUGAAGAGUCAGAGAGCCAAACACUGACAUACUGUACAUACUGAACACACACACACACACACACACACACACACACAUACAUACAUACACUCUGCCUGGCCCUUGGGGGUAUUCCCUGUCAAGUUAAGUCUCUGUGUCUCUCUCUGCUUAGACACUGACGCACCGAGUGCGUGUGUGUGUGUGUGUGUGUUUGUAUGUGUGUGUGUGUGUUACAGAGUGACAGAUGCUUUAAGUAUGCUGUCUGUGUGACGCUGUGUUCACUGUAGGGGGGACAUGCUGUGGAUCCUCUCAGUCCGUCUCCAGCUGAUCGGCGCUCUCUGUCCGUCCUGCAGCUCCUGUCCUCUCUCUACCUGUCCGUCUGUUUAACUCUCUGUUUACCUUUCUGUCCGCCUGUUCCUCUUACUGACUGACUCGGUGUCUGGCUGACUGAUUGGCUGCAGAGCGAGGUAGACCCAGGAUGACGGCCCCCUUGAGCUCGUCCAGCGGUCUGGAAGUCCUGCUGUCCACGCUGCAGGUAGGGACACGCAGUGCUCUGAUUGGCUGUGUUGGUCACUCUUAUUUACUGUUUAUUUUCACGCACCUUUUUUUUCUUUUACCUUCAAUGAGUGUCUUUUCUUUUUUCUGUUUGGACUGCUAAAGAGUUCAGGUGUCCUGACCGUCUUUAAACCUCCAUGUUAACUACAUUACUGUGUGUGUGAUGAAGCACUGAGAUGGUCAUAUGAGUGUGUGUGAGCAUUAGGAGACGAGGACCAGAUUUAGCUAUCUAUCCUCAGAAGAUUUUGAGAUCCGUUGAUCCUCCCUGACAUUUCACAUCUCAAAGUUGCUGAUCAUGACCUAUAACAUUCGCACCAUCAGAAAGGUUAAAAUAUAGUCAGAGUCAAACGUCUUUAUCCUCCUCAGAGAGUUUAAAAUAUGCUCUUUCCAGUGUAAACCUGAGGAAUUUGAGGACUAAAGAAGGACCUUUAAACCAGAGAGACAGUCUUUCUCUCUCUGACUGUUUAAAAAAAAGUAAAAAAACACCUUUGUUUCAGAUGUUCAGGUUUCAACCUCAAUCCUAAUUCAUUGAAGCUCUGGUUCGGCUUUUUCUCUGAGAUUGUAGAUUUCCUCUCAAACAGUCUAGUAUCAACCUGACAUUUGAGAUUACUCUGAAUAACAGAAGCUUUACUGUGGUCUUUCUCAUUUUCCUUGGUUUGGAUUCUGUCUGUAAGAGAGAGAUAAAUCAGUGAAAUAAUGUCUCGGCAGUCUCGCGGUUAAGGAGAGGGUGAGGUCUUGGCUUUGUGGUUGUUCGGCAGGUUUUCACCUUUGAUUUAACUGCUCAGUCAGUCAGUGUUAAUGUGCUGUAGAUCUCAGCCAAAAGGUAAAAAGUCUGACACAUUAUUCCUCAGCAUUAGAGUCUUCUUCAGUUUAAUGUUGAGUGUUUAAAAGGACGAGGAUGUCUGUAUGAACCAAAUUCUGUGAUGAUAAGACAUAAGCUGCUCUGCAGACUUUGGUUAAACUGAGAAAUGACUGUAAAACAUGUGAGCCAUAAUUUAGGGUUAGGGUUAGGGUAUUUUCAUUUAGCGUGUCUGUGUUUUCUGACUGACUGAGGUUAUUAAUGGUGCAGAUGAUGAAGCACGUAAAAGAGUUUGUCUGCAUAAAACUGAGGUGUAACCACAUUUAUCUAUCUAUCUAUCUAUCUAUCUAUCUAUCUAUCUAUCUAUCUAUCUAUCUAUCUAUCUAUCUAUCUAUCUAUCUAUCUAUCUAUCUAUCUAUCUGAAAAAAUAGUGCAACUGACUUGAAUUUUGUUUUGAGAUAAAAGAAGUACAGGUAUAAUGUUUGAAUGAAAAAAUAUUUAACAAACCAGAGUUUUUAAACUUUACUGAACAACUCAGCUUGUGUUGGUUUGUAAAAUACAAUGUCUUUAUUUGCUGACAAUAGUUCCCCUUGAAGGUGUUCAGUAUAACAGGUCACCUGUGGCUAUCUGUAUGAGAUCUUGAAGUCAGAAUCUUGAUGGGUCUGCGGUCUCUGGCAACUUAUUCAGUCAAUUACAUUCUUUUUGUUGACAAGCCCAAGUCUGCUGCCCUCUGCCAGUGUAGCUUGAUGACCACGGCUUGAUCCUAUGUUGUUAAUGUCUUUGCUUAUGUUAGCAAAGAUAUGCUUUGCCCUAAAGUGGUACUUCAGACUUGCCCUGCUUUGAUGGAAAGACAAUCACAGCAAUAAGUAUUCUCAACUUUGGUUGUAUCCAGACUUCCAUUAGCCUUAAAGCAAACCUGGGUCUUUCUCCUCACUCAUCAUUGCUGGCUGCAUUUGUAGAGGACCACAGGAGGAAGUUGUGGUCAAACUUAGUCAUAGGACUAAAUUGCGUAAUUAUCAUUUAACAUGUUAAGACUUCCACACUGAUCACAGGCGUUAACACGGUAAUGCUAACAGACCUAAUGUAAAUAUAAACAUCUGUAUCCUCCUCAGGAUAAAGAAUUAUUUAAGUUGUUUUCUGGGUAAUCUGUCAGAUUGUCUAACACAGGUUAAGGAGCCGACUGGAUCUAGUAUUAGGUCUGAUAUCCAGCAUUUAGCUGAUUCUCUGUAUCUGUGUUUUACUGCUGCGAUGGUCCUAUCUUUGGGUCUGUUUUUCAUGACCCUGUACGAUAACUGUGUCGUGGGUGCACCUGGUUAACGCCUGUGUUUGAUGCUGAGAGGUUCAUUGAUGAUUAAAAAUACGUUUUUAAGGUUUUUUACGGUUGCACUUUGUGAUUAAAUAAAGGUUAAAUGUUGACAAAAGGUUUUUCAUUUUUACUGUAAAUGCAUAUUCGUUUUAAAUAUUUGUUACUAUUUCCAUAAAAUGCUGAUAAUCAGUACUGGUAUCUGUACUGGUUCUGAUGACUCAAUAUCAGUCCAGCCCCAGUGCGGAUUUUUUGUGUUUAUUUAUCAAAGCAGAGUAGUUUGACACAAAAUACAAUCUUCAUCAGUCUGUCUAAAUCAUAGACUGUAUAUAGAAUGGACAGAGUCUGCCUCCUCGCUGGGUGAAGCCACUCCGAGAACAGCACCCUCUGUUGAUGGGCUGCAGUACAGGUCAUAAAUCCCGCCUCCGACAGCAAUGCUUAUAGAGCUGUGGACAAACUUUAGAAAUUUAUUUGCUUGUGAUGUUGACAUGUAGUUAUUGUAAGACUGGUUUGUGCUCAAGUCCUCUUUUCUCUGUGAAGCUCCGUUUUUAAAAGUUAUUAGGGGGUUCAUGUUUGCUAUGAUUAACACCUGAUACAGCCUAUGGGCGUUAAGGGAUUGCAUAGCUCUCCCGGGGGAUACUAGCUGCGUCCGAAUUGCCAAGUAGUAGUCGAAGUAGUAGUCGAAGUAGUAUCUAGCAUGUCCGAAUUGGCCACCGGAGCGAGUAGCACGCUACUUCAGAUACUACUUCAGAUACUAGACACGCCCACAUUGUAGGUUGGUCUCGGUGCAUCCUACGGGCAUGCUACUGACCCAAAAUGCACCGCGGGCUUCUUCUUCGUCCUCUUAAAAGUUGUAGAAGUGCAUGUGACGCUAGCGCCACCAGCUGCUGCCUAUUUAGAUGCGUCGCGAACGCCGGCUGGCCACGGCAGCGCGCACCAUGGCGGAGCAGCAGUAGCAGCAGGCAGGACCGCAGCAGUACAGAUGUAAGUUUCAUGUAAUUUCGCACACUGUCCUAAAAAAUGUGCGAUUGUCUACAGGACAGACCAACUUGUGACAAACGUGUUUCUGUGUCAAGUGAGCAGAAGAAGAAGAAGAUUAAUUGAUCACUUUCUUUGCAAACCAUCCGUCCCAUACACUUUGCUGGAACGGAUGAUAUUAUUCUUUACUGCAGGUUGUUAUGAGUGUUGCCAUGUGUGAAUGUCAAACUAGCAGACCAGGACCUGAUAUUAAAUCCUUUUUGCUGGAACUAAACUCAGCACUAAUGCUUGCCAAGGUCAUGGCAGGGCCUGACAUUAACACCAGAAUGUCUUUAACGUGGACCUGGACUGUGAGGCAGUAAACCCACAUGUCUACGGUUACACACAGAUAUCAACACAAACAGAGGGUGCGACAUAGGAGGGAAAUCAAGUGAUUUACAGCAUGCACAUUAAAUCAUUUUAUCAUACUGAUGCCAUACAAAGACAGGGAAAAAUGCACAUCCCGUGGAGCUGCUUCCCUGAUUUACAUCAAACAGAACAGCAGAGGAUGAAGAUUUUCCUUUAAAUCCACAUAUUUGUAUUAUGAUUAAAACGUUAUUUCCAGAUUUAGAUCAAGCUUUGCCUUUGCACAUACAUCUUUUCAUCUCUGUGAGUCUGCAGACUUGAUCCAAGAUCUUGCCCGGGGAUCCUGCUCUUGGAUUGUGCUGGAUCAAACCUGUAUCAAAUGAGUUUAAAACCUUUUCCAGGCUGCGUGGUUUGUAUAUCAGGUUCUACUAAUCUGCUCUGUAGUUGACACUGGAGCUCUAGAUGGAGGCUGAUUCAGAAAUAAUAAUAGUACAGUACAUAUUCUAUGAGCCCUCGUCAGAAGUUAGUGGUGCUGAAAGAAGCUUUAAGGAAACCGCAGAGUCAGAUCUCAACGCAUCCAGAUCUGAAAACUGCUGCAGGUGGUCUGCUAGUCCUGGACGGGUCAUGACGUUUUGACUGACCGCGGUUAGUGUGUGUUUCUGGUCACUGUGACCAACAGAAUGCAGUAACCGUGUAAACAGACCUCCUAGUAUCUCCUCUGAGAUUCAAAGACUCUGAUUGAAAACAGCAGCAGGGUCCGCUGAGGAGUCCAGGACUGACUUUAGACCUGACGCUCUGAAAUAAGAGAAAUGCUUCACAAACAAACAGAGUCAGAUAAUCAAAGGGACCUCUGGAGCUUAAUAAACAUGAGCUUUUUAAGAGAGAGCUUGACUAUUCCAGAGCCUGUAACAUGCUGCUCUAACCACCUGUCUGUCAGAAGAAUGCAAAGAUAUAUUUGGACUUAUAUAAGACGAAUACGAUUUUUUAAAACUUAAGAUAAAACAAAAACAAAUGCUUAUAUUUGAGUUUUGCAGUGAGACAAGGGUCACAGGUCAAAGUUGAGUUGUGGUCUUGUCUGGGAAUAGUCAGUUCUGUCUGUAGCACCCUGCAGUCUGACUGCUAAAAGCUCCAACAACAGUUCAUUUACCUACUGAGACAGGUGUGAAGGAGAGAAGUGAGGCAAUGAGUCAAACAGAGGUGGUCCAAUUCACAACCUCAGCCUGAGCUGCAGAGCAAACUGACCCAUGCUUCAAUAAAGUUUGUUUUUAAUGAGGGGUUAAUGAUCUAGUGUUUGGGGUCCAGGAAUAAGGGUUUAAGGGUUUAGUAUUUGAAGUUUAGGGUUCAGGGUGAAUGAUUAAGUGUUCGUGGUUUAGAGUUUAGUGUUGUUUAGGCAGAAAGCUCAGGUUUGGUCUUUGCCAUCACCCACCUGGUCCCUUGCUCCUCCUGAUUUGUAGUGUUGUCUUAAUUUGAAGUAUUUUUUCCCAAAUGUGUCUGGGCUAGUUUUUACUGUGAAUUUGUCAUUCAGUCACAGAUCACAGAUGAUAUUUCUGCACUUUAAUGCUGAGUUUAAGUUUAAAAGACGACCUUUUCACAUGUCUCAUAGACUGCAUUCUUCUGGUUUGUGUCUUUUGUCAGGAUGCAGGUGAUGUGGAGAGCACCUUGAAUAUCCUGAAUGUGCUGGAUGAGCUCCUGUCAGCAGGUAAGCUGUAAAGUCUCUCUGUAAGGAGUCUAAGUUAGACUGAUUAACCAGAGCUUUUCUGUCCUGACCCAUAAUGUCCUGUCCAGGCACAGACCGGCGUAUCCACUACAUGAUAAAGAAAGGCGGCAGUGAUGCUCUGCUCUCGGCUCUGGUCAACACGGCUCGCAGCUUCAGUCCAGACUACGCUGUCCUGCUGCCUCUGCUGCACCUGCUGGCUAAGGUUGGACACAGAGGUGAGGACACACCUGAGCUCCUGUGGGGUAUCAUGUGAUUAUCCGGUUGCUGAUCAUUAUGUGUGUAUUUGUUUAGACCGGCGUAUCGGGGUGAGGGCGGAGGAUGCUGGAGCUGUGCUGCUGACUCUGAAUCUGCUCAGAAAGAACAUCUCUCACCCCAGGAGGGCUGCGGCCUGCCUCUGGGUGCUCCAGGUGUUCUCCUCCUCAGGUAAACCUGUACAGUACUCACUCAGUUAGAGUGAGGACACAGCACGUAUGGAAACUGCUUUUCUUUUAGUUUGAACAAAAACUGUCGGAGAGGCUGAUAGUCCUGCAGUCCUGAUUGUCUGCUAAGUGCAGAAUAAUCUACCUCUGCAUGUCACACCUGGACUCAGCAUGUUCUUCAUCAAACCACAUGAGCAACCUGAAGCAGGACAAGUACACACACAGGACAGACAUCAGUGUCUGGAAGUCUGGUUUCUCUCAGUGGUUUACACUUCCCUGGAGUUUGGUUAGACUGAAGAGGAUGUGAGGAUAUGCAGCUGCUCUCUGCAGUGGUCCACUGCUGAAACCUCCUGGUCCUCCUACAAAAUUAAAUUAUUAAAUCUUAAACUUUGUGAAAGACAUUAAACAUUCUCUGUAAAUGGCUAAUCGCACUCUAAAUUUUCAAUGUAGACCAUGCAGAGUUAACAGUGCACACAGUAAACCCCGACCUUUUAACAUCUAUCAGACACAGCAGACUGAUGAAGAUCAAUAUUUAAUCCUCAUAUUUUAUAUAAUAUGGAAGGGUGUUAAUCUGAUUCUGUCUGACCUCUUUGAAGACGUUUAUCAGAUGUAUCAAACCAUCCAGUACCCUCUUUAUGGAUUUACAGGCCAUUUAAUAGCCGGUCUCUGAGCAGUAUGGCCUCACCAUGUUCAGUUUGAAAUUAGCCAUAAUUAAAUCAGGUAAACAAAGAUUUGAACCACAAACACCGUCUGUGAAAACAGUUUAAAAUGAUUGACAGUCAGUCAAUCGGAGUUAGUAAAUCAGUCAGUCAGAAUCUUUCCUCCCUGUGUACUGUGUAAGACUGUGUAUCAUCUGGGACACUUUCUUGGCACUUUAAUGGCUGACGUGUUAAUGGGUCCAUAAACCCCCCUCCCCCGACCCCCUCACCUUACACACACAUACACACAGAUUAACAGUCUGUUCAGAUCCGUAGCUCGACUUUGAUCAUGGACUCUGAUCCCUUUUAGUUCAGUGAGAUUCAGUCACUCACUGACAGAAUCUGACAAAACGGACACAGACGAGACUGUCCGUAGGUUUUAGACCAGGACACAGGACAGGCCCCCUCAGUUUAACUGCCUUCAGCCUUCAGUGGUAGAAAUGAAGAAAACUACAGUAGAACAGAUAUAACUGCUGAAAUGAAACAGAGAUCCUACAGUCCACCACAGACACAGGAGCUUAGACUGAAAUCAGGUCUCCUCACAUGGGGGAUUGAACAGACUUACUAGAGCUAACCUGCAGACUACCAUUUUGAGGACUUCACCUUGAUUUCAAAUAUCGAGCUGAGCAGGUUACUUUCACCAAAUAUCUGUCCAGGACAAAACUUCCAUACAAAAGCACUGUGUAGUUAGUGUAGUUCGUUCUCAUGUGAAGUCAGUGUAGUUGUGUAGUUUGUUUUCAUAUGAAGUCUGUUUAGUUAGUGUAGCUUGUAUAAAUUGUGUAUUCUGUAUAUCAUAUGUAGUUUGUUCUGAUGGGUAGUUUUUAUAGAAAGUGUAGUCUGUGCAGUUUGUGUUGUUUUUUUGAUGUGAAUUUUGUGGAGUUAAUUCUGAUGUAAAAUCAGUGUAUUUUGCUCUUGUAAAGUUCGUGGAUUUUGUGUAGUUUGUGUAGUCCUAGCCAGUUUGUGUAGACUCAGUAGUAUGUGUGGUCUGUGUAGAUUUUGUGUUUUGCUCUGAUCUUUAGUUUGUGAAUUUUAUGUAGUUUGCUUGACUGUGUAGUUUGUGUAUUCUGUCCUGGUUUGUAGUCUGUGUUGUUUCUAUAAUGUGUAGUUUAUGUAUUUUGCAUCAUUAGUGUCGCUUGUCCUAAUUUUCAGUUUGUGUAGUUUGUUAAGUUUGUGAGGUUUGCACUAAUGUGAGGUUUGUGUAGUUGGCUCUGGUGUGUAGUCUGGGUAUUUUGUGUUAUUUGUGAAGUUUGUUUUGAUGUGUAGCUGGUGUAUUUUGUUCUUAUUUGAAGUUUGUUUGAUGUGAAGUUUGUGUUUUUUUGAAUUUUGUGUAGUUUGCUAUGAUGUAUAGGUUUUAAGUAUUGUAUAUUUUGUUCUGAUGUGAUGUUUAUGUAGUCUGUUAAGUGUGUGUAGUUUGCGAAGUUUGUGUAGUUUGGUCUGAUGGGAUGUUUAUGUAGUCUGUUAAGUGUGUGUAGUUUGUGAGGUUAGUGUAGUUUGUUAGUUGUAUGUAGUUUUUGAGGUUCAUGUAGUUUGCUACGAUGUGCAGUCAGUACAGAUGGAGGGAAGCUGCUUUGAAGCUCCUCCCCUCUCCUACAGUUUCAUGUCAGACCUAUUACACUGAGCUAAGUUUACCUCUGCCAUCCUCCCCACUCCAUCAACAUCCUCAUAACUCAACCUUUCAGCCCCCAAAAAACCUGAGCCCUGCUGUCCUCUGGGACUCUAUAAAGCUCCCAGUUCAGUUCUUAAAACCUGGUUACGUAAAACACCUUUAAAGAUCUUGAUGGCUCAGUGCUCCUGUUUAUACUCUUUGGUUUGUUGUCUUUGUCUUUAAAUGAAACUUUCUCUCAUGUCUCUGUACUGUGGAUUUGACACUGUGGCUUUAAUAAACUUUUUUAAAUAAACUUUUUAAUUAACUAUGUUUUUCAUAAAGUUUCAUAGAGUUUUUAUUUUAUUAAAAAAAAAACACAUUUAAUAAACUUUUUUAAUAAACAUUUUAUUAAAGUUACUUCAGUGUCUCCCUUACAGAACAGCAGCAGUCCAGAUCCCUUUGCACUCUGAUCUGCAGUCUAUGUUUGCAGGUCUUAAAGCACCUGCCUGGGUCUAAACUCUGCUUCAUGUUUGAACAAUAAUUGUUCAUUUGUUUUUAUUCUGUCCAGUUUCUACAGCAAACCUGAUUGGACAAAACCAUGGACUGGAUGUGAUCUACCACCUGAUCCCCCCGUACACCACCCAACACCUGUGCCCCAUCAAGUAAGUAAACCUGGUUCAUGCAGCUCAGUGAAGAGUGUCUGUCAGAGUCACAUGUUAAACAUCAAUAAAUAAAGUUAUUAUUAUUAUUAUUAUUAUUAUUAUUAUUGGCCUGGAGGAUGGUUUCUCUGUGAUGAGCUGUGAUGUCAGCCUCGCAGCAGACUGAUCCCCUUUUAUUUGAGCAGCCUAACAGACUUAGCUGCCUCCCACCUUCAGCUAAUGUGCUAAUGUACGCUGGCCGCUGGCUGACCCACAACGUGAAAUCAAAUCUUUCACUAAGAGCCACAACCAGACCACAAAGUCUCAUUGACUUUCACUGACUUGUGUAUUUUUAAUUUUGGCACUAAAACAGUUAGCAUCUGUUUUAUUUAAGAUAGGUUUAACAUUAACAAAAACGUACUCCUCAUUAAUAAUCUCUCCACCUCUACGGGUCAUUGAAAACUGAAGUCAGGUCAGUUGUAAUGCAUGUUCCAGGUUUUGGCUUACCGUCUCAUAAUUUCCUCCAAUAUCUUCAUUAAUUUUCCAUGUCCUCCUGCGUGCAUGUUUUAUUUCAGGCCUCUGUCUGUCUGUUUACUGGUGGUGUUUGGUAGGUCAGGUGCACUCAGAGAGUCAUUUCUGUUUAUAGAUUUAUUACAAAAGUGUCAAAUCUGCUCUCGGCAGGUCUGGAUUCCAGUUCUUGUGUCUAAUCGUACUCCAGAAACAAAAUUUUUAAGUGUUUUUUUUGUUUUUUCGUGGUGUUGUUGCCCUUGUUUGGUAGGAAAGCUAGACAGAGGCAGGAAUAAGAAGUUGUCCAGGAGAUAAAGAGAGGGGGAAGUCAAGGGUCAUGGCUGGGAGUCAAACCAACAACUGCUGCCGGCCAGUCCUCACUUUUACUCCGGCUGGAUCUGUCAGUGGUGGUUUACUGUGUUUGACACAGUGAACCACCAAAUCUCCCUCCUCACACUCAUUGAUCUUGGUUAUUCUGAAUCUGCCCUCCAGUGGUUUGUGUCCCACCUCAAAGGGAGAUCUUUUAAAGUGUCAUGAAGAGGAGAAGCGAUCAAACCACAUUGCCUAUUAACAGGGGUUCCUCAAGGGUCAGUGCUUGGCCCCCUACUUUUCUCUGUAAACACAAUCUCAUGUAGUACAAUAAUCCAAUCUCAUGGAUUCUCCUAUCACUAUGUAGAUGAUACCCAAAACUGUCUCCACCUGAAUCUCAGCAUACCUCAGAGAUAUUUGUAAAUGGAUGAAGCAACACCACCUAUAGCUCAACCUGUCAAAAACUAAGAUGCUUGUCAUUCUAGCCAGUCCCUCUUUACAACCACAGAUCAGUAUCCAGCUUAGACCAGAUCAAUUUGUGCACACUAAGUCUGCCUGAAUCUGGGUGUCAUGAUUAACGACCUUCUAACCUUUAAGGCUCAUGUGGUCUCUAUUACUGGGUCCUGUCAAUUCUCCCUCAAUAUCAUCAGGAGGAUCAGACCCUACCUGACAGAGUUUGCAGCAGAGCUCCUCUUGUACAGGCUCUUGUAUUGUCAUGCAUUGACGACUGCAACUCCUUACUGGCAGGCCUCGCUGCAUGCACAGUCAACCCUCUGCAGAUGGUCCAGAAUGAGACACUGUGCACAGCUCUUUGUGAAUGUUUCUGCACUUGCUGCACCUGAUGGUGAUGAUCAUAAUGAUGGAGGAUGAUGAUGGAUGAUGAUGAUCGAUUGCGACUAUAAUAACAGCGUCAACGUGACUUCAUUUGGUUGAAGAUUCACUUUGGUUUAAGGUUGUUAUUUCUUACAAAAAUGCAUUGCCUUAUUCACGACACAACAGCUCUCAGCCCACUUGCUCUUAUAGCAGUUUGUAUCUCUUUCUGAUGUUGCUUCCACCUUUGCUUGUGUUGUAUUCACUCUCAAAUGUAUGUCACUUUGGACAAAAACAUCUGGUAAGUGACACUGUAUUUGCUCAAAUUCUUAAACCAACAAGCACCCCAAAGUCUUGAGUAGCACUGACCUAUCAGGCAUCAUCAAGCUUUGGCGUCUGCAGUAAAAAACAGUCUGUACGGAGAGCAAAUGCCAUGGGACAGCUAUCUCCCAUGGCAGGUAGUCUCAGGAGGAUUUCUUUUUCUGUAUAAACAGAUAUCUAAAUGAAGGUCAGCUAACAAUCUGUUCUCGAUCAAACAUUCACACUGAGACACUAUUCUGUCUGAUGUUAAGUCCUAAAAUAUCUUUAAUUUAUUUGUUUGUUUGCUCAGGCCUGAUACAUGUGUAAGGUUUGGUGAGUUUUGGAGCGCAUUAAAGGUUUGGUGCUUAGUUCCUGAUAACAACCCACUGAGCAUUUUUGGGUCUAAAAGAGAUCUAAUAGACAGCUAGAUGUUGCCUAGACAACUGGUCUAAAAUCAGGCUACCACAGGUCUAAAAAUUAAAGUUUUUAAGACAUCUAAAUUCAGACCAAGUUUAGACUAGCCGGCUAACAGAGGUCUAGCUAUAUAUUGCUUAACGGCUAUAAUAAUUAUUUUGGUUAAGUACUUGGAGAUCAGUUUUGCAACUCACAGUUGCUUUAUGAAAUAAAUAGUUAUCGAAUUACAAGUUAAAGUGCAACGUCUAAAUUCCAUUUAAAAAUAUACGGAAUCCAGACAGUUGAAAUUAGGUCUAAAAAAACACACACACAAAAAAAAACUAGACGUCUAAUAGCCGUUUAUUGCUCAGUGGGAGUCAGUAAUGUUCUUGACAUUGUUAAAAAAAAAACAGCACUGGUAAUAAAAUCUGGGCUUUAAUAAGCGCUGAUAUGACAGAGGAGACACAUCAUGAUAUUGACUUAGCAGAGUGAUUAAAAUCUCAUUAGCUUGCUAAGCUGCAUAUCCACCACACAGAGCCGUAAGCUGCUGAAGAAACUGGGAGAAGGCUACACCUCUCCCACCACCGCAUCCCUCGUAUUAACAGAUAUGGUGUGUAGUGAUGUCACACUUGGCUAGCUUACAGCACUUCACCGUUAAAAGGUUCCCAUGGCGAGAAGUUCUUAGGGAACUCCCCGGAGGAAAUUUCCUCUUCAGAAAGUCCUUAGAACCAUUUGUUCUCCUAAAUUGAAAGCAUGUGUUUCGAGAUGUUUGUGUUUUUUUCCCCUGAAACUCUCUGCGGUGGAAAGAAAGUGUGAAAUAAGUUUACUCUGUUUACCACAGAUGAUAUAGUCUAGUCAGGGCUGUGUUUUGCAUUAGGAUCCUUUAACAUGGUCUUCAGAGUGUGUGUAGGUGUGUCAAAGCCACCUGUGAGUAAUGAACACCGUCUCCAUGGCAGCGUAAUAACUUAGAGGAAACAUCAUCAUUAAACUGACAUAUUCUGAGUAUCAACACAUCAUCAUUCCUCUUGAGCUCUUCAGCCUUCAUCUCUCUCUCUCUUAUAUAAGUAUAUCUCCUUAGAUCCAUGUCCUCCUUGUCUGUCUCUGUCCCCGCUGAUGGCAUUUGGCUCGAAUACCCAGAAUCCCCCAGUAUACCCUGCAGAGCAUGCCAGGAGCACCAGGCCUCUCAGCUGGCUCUAUGCCUCACAUACCAGCUUCUGAUCAGCCAGGACUGAACCUGACCCUGUGGGGUGGAGUGAGGGGAGGCUCGGGGCGCACUGACUGUCAGAUUUACGGUCCUCAGAGUGAGUUUCGGGGCCGUUCUCGUGCAGGAGCCAGCUGUUAAUUGUUCUAACACGAUUAGAGGACUUCGAGAGAAGAGGUUUAAGAGCAGCUGCUGCUCUGGAUAAUUUGAUAGAAUUAGGCAGCUGUGAAUUCCUAUGAUGUCCUGAGAGCUCUGAGGGGAGAAAUGCCAUCUCUCUGAGGUGUGAGAGGCAGUUAGACGUGUCCAUCACUCUCAUUCAGCCAGUUACAGCUCUGGACAGUUAAUGCUGGAUAUACUGGUUGGCUGACGCGUGCACUCCUUAAGCAGUGAAGAAUUAAAUCUAUCCUUCAACCGUCAGCUGUCCUCAGCAGCUCAUCUCUCUCAUACAACACCUGAAAACACAGUCGUCACACUAUCAGACCUCUAUCAGUGGAAACAGGCUCUGAAACACCGUCUGUCAGCUGCGUAGCUGCCCGCCAAUCACAAUCCAACAUCGUGUUCAACCUUCACAGAAUCCAACAAUAAAUGAUCCUGUUACAGCAGGUGCCUCUCUCUGCAGACAUUCAUAAAUUCAUUCAUAAACAGGCAGGUGGGUCAGACUCUGUUUCUGUUGGUUUGAUCUGCUCCCAAAGCUUUGUUUAAAAUCUGUUAGUUUCUACCUGAACACAGUGAGAUACUACACUAACAAGAGGAUUAAUGAAGCCCACGUCACCAUCUGACACAGACCUGGUCCCGUAUUUCUCUCAGUGCCACAGCCCUAAAAACCUGACUUCACUGCAGAUUUUACACUGAAAGAUGUUGACAGCCAUCACUGUGAGUGUGUGUUUCAGCGCUGUUUGUUGUUCCUUUGAAGGUGUUUGUUUGUAAAGUGACACUUCCUGUAACGCUGCCCUGCUGCAUCUCACACACUAAGUAAACAAACUCUGACCUCUGUGACCCCAAGGUUAGGACCUCUGCAAAUCCUGUCAGACGCUCAUUAGUGACAGCAUGUUAAGUUUCUGCUGGUAACACUAAACUGACACGCAUGCACGCACACGAACACACACACACACACACACACACACACACACACACACACACACACACACACACACACACACACACAGUUCUCUCCUCCAUUUAUCAGAGUUUCAGAAGCAGACAAUGGGGUGAACACUGUCAGCUGUUUUUGGUGACAUUGAGGGACCAGAAAACAGGAGCGUCUGUUUUAAACCUCUGAGCAAGACCUGGGGGUUGGCUGUGGCUCAAGGAUACACUAAGGGUUGGGGGUUCAAUCCUAGGUUCAGUGUCUAAUUGCUUAAGAGUCCUUGGGCAAGACACUUGACUUAACCCCCUCGCUGGCUGUGUCUUCUUUGUUAUUUAUAUGGCAAACGAAGGGUCUUUUUAUAGUUCUUUUUUGAGAAUUUUCUGUUAUUUAUUGUCAUAUUCUACCAAAAAGAGUUUCUAUUACUUUCUCUUUAACUGCAAGACCAAAUCUUUUGGUAUUUCUCAUCCUGAUCUCCAUGAUUAGUUCAGGUAUGACUCUUGAGACUAUAUUUCUUCAAGACGGCGACCCAACACUAACUCUGCGCUCUGAAGUGCCUCUCGUCCAAUCAGAUCACAGACCUCAUUUGAAUAUUACAUUUUAAUUACAUGAAAUUUUGUAAAGAGUUUAAGCUGAAUUAGAUUUUAUAUGUGAGAGACUAACUGCUGCCUUUGUCUCUCUCAGGGCGGCCAUCACUGCCUUUGCUGCUCUGCUCAGCACAAGUAAGUUUAUAUCAUCAUCACCUCCCUCAUCUUCAUCAUCACCAUCACCACUGCUCCGGUCUAAGUGAUUUUAAACUCCAAAUAUAACUUUAUCAGUCCAAAAGAUUCUCUGAACUCUCUGCUCUGCACCUUUUUAAGUUCACUUUACUUUAUUUUCUUGCAUACUCACAGGUCUAUGAGGGUGUUACAGCAUUUCACCCUCAGCUUCUAUUUCUGCAGGCUGCAUGGAAUAGAGGAGAGGAAACACAGUUCUGUUGCAGUAGUUUUACUUGUGAUUUGGAGUGUAAAGACAUCACAGUGGUGCAUCACUUUCAACAUGUGUGCAACAGCAGGGUUAGCUUCUAAGAAUCCAUGUAGGCCAUAUGCAAGGAACCGUGAUCUGUUCACAGGGGCUGGUCAUCAGUGUGAAGUCCUGAAACAUCCCUGAAAACACACACCAAGCUUCAACUGACAUACUGCCAAACCCACUCUAUUAUGGUCAGAGGGAAGCUGGAGUUAUUUCACUAAAUUGGAUCUUGCUGAUCAAAGACUCGACAGACUGAAUCUCUCUCUUCUGUGUGAUGUUUAAGCUCCUCCAGCAGGGGGCACCCCUGUUUUUUGUUUCCUCUGUGUAUGUCCAGGCAGAGCACUUGUUUGUGAGUGUGUGCAUGUAUGUGACAGAUUACCAAAGACAACAUGUUGAGAAUUAAAACCUUGAAAAUAUGUUUGUGAAAAGUAGUCAGAGGUAUGACCAAACAGACAAACAGACAAACAGCUAACACCAAGAAAACGGCAUCAAAAUCGUACAUGACUCUAGAGUGGAAUCUAUCCUGGUACUACUUUUUAGGAACAUGUUUCUGGGAUCAAAUUUAAAGUGAGCAGAGACUUUUCAUCAAACAAUAAGAUUUUCUCAGUGUCAAGGUUUAAUUUGUUGUCUUCGCACUAUUUUUGAUUUUCAAAGAGGCUGUUAUUUCUCUGAACAAACCCUGACUCGUCUAAUGUCAGCGUUGAGCAGCAGGACAGGCUGCAGCCUCCUGUCAGUCUGAAUCCUCCUGAGGCUGCAGAUAAACUCAGAUCAGCUCAGAAAACACAGUCAGCAAACACAGAUCCUUCUCUCUCUCUUUCUCUGUUUAAAGUUUGUGUUUGUCUCUGUCACGUGCUGUGGGAACACUGUUUGUUGACGGAGCACAUUUGAAGAGAGAGAGAUCUGCAGGCCCUGAGCUUCCUCAUCAUUUAUGCAGUACUCUGCUGCUCCUCAUGUCAAAGUGCCAAUCUUCAGAAAACAACAGAGGGACGGCUCGCUCAUAAAGCAGAAAACACUCUCGGUGUCUCUUUGUAAUACAGAAUUCAGUGUGAAGGUAGCACUCUGGUUUGAAGAGAUUUUUCUUCCUCGUAUCUGUUUUUAACGUUUUGUUCCCUCUAGAGUCCAAACUGAACAUAUCUAAAUAUCAUAACAUUAAUUCUGUUUGGCAUUUCAUCACCACUCUACAGUCUUUGCUUUAAAGGGAUAUUUCUGUGUUUUUUAAAGUGAGGUUAUAUAAGGUUACAUGUCACUAUCAAAUGUUGGUCACCUUUACUGACCCACGAUGACUGAUGGCUCUCUUUCUCUUUGUCUCUCCUUCUCUUCCUCCCUCUCUCUCUCUCUCUCUCUUGGACACCUGUUUUGUCCUGUCUGUCUGUCUCAGAGGCUAACGUGUCCUCAGCGGUGUCCAAAGGUUUCGUCUCUGGUCUUCUGCAGCUGUAUGAGGACUGGUUCAGUAAUGACUCUCAGUGUGGGGCCACAGAGAUCUGCCAUGCUCUGUUGCGCUGCCUCCAUAAGCUGACCCACAGUGCUGCAGGCAGACAGGCUGUGCGAUUACAGGGAGGACUCCGACUGCUGUACCAGACCACACAGGUAACACUGAGACCACACCUGUGCUCCUCUGCUCUACUGAUCAGUUUGAUGAGUCAUAAUCAUCUUAAACUUUUUAACCAGAUCAAUAAAAAUUUGACUGCCCUGUUUGAUGAGGUCAAUGCUUCACCUUCCCCUAAGGUUUUCUAAAAAAAAGAAAAAGUUAAAAAAUGUCAAACUCAACUAAAUUCAAGAUGUUCAACAUGUCAGAGAAGAAAAGUUUCUCCACAAAAAAACGUUGUUUUUUUUUUCAGUCAGAGAGCUGGAGACUAGUUACCAGAUUUGUAUAAAAGUUUUAAUUCAACAAGAAAUAUAAAGAAAAAUAUGUAUCUGUGAUUGAGAAGCAGCUUAAAAAAGUUACUUUUUAUUCAAUUUACUUAUUGUGACAGCUAAAUUUUUAGUACUAAUCUUGCAAGACCAAAAUAAAGCUUCUGAUGUAAUUUUACGUGUUAAGCACAUUAUGAGUUUAAACGGACCACACAGUCAAGCUCCGCCCACAGUACAUCUGCUGAUCUUAAUACAAGAUCAUUUCAGCUGACAGCUCAGCUGAUUACCUUCUAGCAUCCAACUAUCAAAUACAAAAAAGAGUUUGAGGUACUUUUCCUACUUUUCCUGCCUAAUCUGACUGAUUCCCCUGCAAACCACUUUGCAACCCUCCUCCAAUCCAGCUCCUCCAGCUGUGUCUGAUGAUACCGAUGUCUUUGCUGCUGCUCUCCCUGCCUCCACUCCAGCUCCUCCUGCUUAUGCUGUGUCUGAUUAUACCAGUUUCUGUGCUGUUGUGCUGCUCAUCUCCACCUGAGCUCCUCCUUUUUUGACCAUGUCUGAUUUUAGCAGCACUCUACAGAUUGGUGCUGGUCCUACUCUGUUAUGAAACCUGGGGGUGUUUGCUGCUGCUCUCCCCUCCAUGGCUUCCAUGUAUGCAUAUGAAACAGAAUAAUCUGUAGUUACCUGUCCUCAUGUCCUCUCUGUCUCUCUCUGCUCAGACGUGUUUGCACAGUAAAGGUCGGGACUGUUUGGUGGAGCCGUCCGUGCAACUGAUGAGGAAGUGUCUCCCUAAAACUCCUCUUCCUCUCAUCUCUGAUCAGUCUGCAUACACCUUUCCUCUGCCUGGAAGAUCACAUGACGCACUUGAGACAAACCUGGCUCCAGGUAUAGUUUAAACUUCCCUGCUGUGGUCAGUUGAGGCUUUUAUGUGUGUGAGCUGAUCUCUCACUGGUGUCUGUGUGCCGUUUCAGAUGUGAGCAGUGAUGACAGUGAGGAGGAUGAAGAUGAAGAUGACCAGGAGGAAGAGAGCAAAGAUUAUGUGAGUGUGUUUCAGAGUCCACACACACACAAGGUCGACAAAUUUAUCUGAAAAAAAAGUGUUUCUUUUCUGAUCCUGUUAAAUGAACAGCAGAAAUGUUUUUAUCCAGCGAUGGAUCCUACAACUUGUUGUAAUUUGAUCUCAGUAACUAAGACUAUGUAGUUUGUUUUAGAUAACCUUUUUAAAAAUGCUCAACAUUCAUGUGGUUUUACAUUCCCAAUGUGUAAAGUGAAAUAUGAAUAUUCUGGCUUGUAAUUUAUGAACACAAAAAAAUCCAGUGCCUAAAACCAUCAGUUUUUUCCAGGAUUCAAAAAACAAUUUUUAAUCCCGACACGUGGACCUUCUAGACAAUUCCGCUCAUUUCUGCUCUCAGUUCUUGGUCAGGGGUUCUUUCUAGUGAUGGUAAGACAAAGCCUCAUUAAGCCUUAAACUUUCCAUCCAAUUGCUUUACUCAUAGGUCAAAGCUUCAUGGCUCUUCAUGUGUUCUACUGUGCCAUCAAGUGGACACUAAAAGUAAAACAUGCAGAGUGGUUAUCAAAGACACCCCAAGGCUUUGGUGUAAGAAGCUUUGAAUUGAAUAAAUGUGAUGGCAUGUAUUUGUGAUUGGAAUAAAGAAACAAUGGUGAAAAUGAUAAGAGGCAGCUGUGACUCAGUUGGUAGAGUCAGUCGCCUCCCAAUCUGAGGGUCAGGGGUUUGAUUCUGGGAGAAAUGGUCCAAGUGCAGAGGCGUCUUGUGGCAAGAUACUUGAAACCAGUUUCAAACCAGUUUCUGGUAGUUCUGGCGCUGUGGGCAGGUUUUUUAUGUCCUGCUAGAAAGUGAAAUCUGGAUCUCAUAAAGCUUCUAAGCAGAUGAAGCAUGAAGGUCUCUAAAACCUCUUGGUAGAUUUUAAGCUGGACUUGGUAAGACACAGUAGACUAGCAGCAGCAGAUGCAGUCCUUGUGUCUUUUCAGGUGUCUUUCACCCUGAAAGACACGAAGACUGAACAGAGAGAGAGGUCUAGAGGACACCUACAAAUUGCUGAAUGUGUGUGUGUUCGUUCAGGAUGAUGACCUGGAGACAGACCUGAACAAACUGCGUCACUGCCCAGAGCCUGACCGACCCAAGGAGAUGCUGAUCCAGUACAGCAGACUGUGUCCAGAACUGUCCCAUGACUUCCAGGUUUACACACACACACACACACACACACACACACACACACACACACACACACACACACCUCUGAUCCUGCAGUAUAUCAGCUGGAGGUUGAGAAGUGUUUUAUAACCUUUAAACUGACAUCCAACAAUCAUCACACUGUUUUUUUAAACUGGAGUUUAAAGAAAUGAAACAAAAAUAAAACAAUAAAACCAAAAUUAAAAGAGCCUGAGUGGAGAUCAUCUCUAAUUAACCGAGGAGGUGUGUGUGUGUGUGCGUGCGUGCGUGCGUGCGUGUGUGUGCGUGUGCGCGUGUGUGUGUGUGUGUGUGUGACAGAAAUAGCCUCAGUCAGAGAUAAUGAAUGAGAGUCUGGCUCUGUGAUAAUAACUCACGUCAUGUUCAACAGGAUGAAUGAGACUCACCUGAUAAUAAUGAUGAUUAUAAGGGUGCUCACACCUGAAGAAAAGGGGCUCACAUGUGAAUACGUCAGCAUCUUUAACUGGGAUUAAAUCUGUGAUAAUGUGUCAGGAUUUAUAGCUGGGAUUAAUCUAAUGUUAGACUGUAAGGAUCCAUAACUGGGAUUAAAUUGAUGUUAAUUCAUCAGGACCUUAAACUGGGUUUAAAGUUAUUUCACUGUAUCACAGGAUCAACUUCAUAUCAUUCUGUCAUAUUCUAAUAUUGGAUUAAAUUAUGCUAUAAAAAAUCAUAAAAGGAUUAUUAUUUGAAUUCACUUCACAUUAACCUGUCAGGAUCUAUAUUAGGGAUUAAAUCUUCUCAGUUGAGAGUCUGUGUGUUUGUAACGCAGACUGGAGGAUUUGGCUGCAGCCAGGAGCUCCCAGGUCUUAACCUGCCAGGUGCCUCUUGGCCACACCCCCUAUAUUUUUUAUUUUCAAAAUAAAAGCUCACAUCUGAGCCGUCCUUGAAUGUUUUUGAACCAAACAGUACCUGCAGCAGUGGCGAUUGCUCUAAGACUGCAAGGGAAGCUCGGCUUCCCUUAAAAUGUCACCCCCCAAAAAAAAGAAAAAGUGGUGAAAUACGUACUGCUGUGUGUACAUUUCAUUAACUAAAUACGCACUAGAAAGCCUUCAUCUUUUGUUCAGACACUGUGAUAAGAAGCUGAUAAUUAUAGGUAACCGGCAUAACUUCGUUCUCAUUCAUCCUCGCAGCGCCUCAGCGCUUUAAACAGCCAGACGCUGGGCUUCUGCUGACUUCAAUGUGGAAGCUAAAAGUGGGUUGUUCCAGCAGCGAAACUAGACGCUCAUUGGAUAAAUGCAGGGCUUUGUCCCGCCCAAUGGAAGCUAAGCUUCACUGGAGUUCUAUGGCGAGAGGGCGGUCCCGACUUUCUCCCGGACUGCAAGCUUCUGCAUCCAUGAUUGGAUGAGCUGUCUGAGGCGAAAUCCUUUUUUGAUUGACAGCUAAACAAGCGAAUCAGCGAUCUUGAAGAAUAAAACAUCUACCAGAGCAUUUUCCAAGUCAUUCACUCCGUUGUUCUUAACUGCUCCGGAGACUUUACCGAUCCUCAGCGACUUCUGUCUUUAUUAAAAACGACUGCCGUUGUGUUUGGCGACUCUGUUCUGUUACAUACUAAUAAACAAAUACAAUUAUGAUGUAGGCCAGAAAAAUGAGCUUCCCCUCAUUGAAAGACCAGCAGCCGCCACUGAUCUGCAGCUAUUUCAAUUAAACAAAACAGGGUAUUUUUUCAUACUAAAUAAAUUUGGAGUAAGUUUGUAUGUUUGUUGCAAUCCAUUUAAAAACGUUCAAACUGUUAUACACAGAUCUUUAGCCGUACAGAGCAGGAUUUUUUAUUUUUAUUUUUUGAGUUUACAGUUUUCACUUAUACAAUUACUCCCAUUUGAAGCUUCAUCUGUUAGCCAAGACUAGCUAACAUUACUGAGAGCAGUUUCAGGUUACAGUAUUGCUGUUUGUUUCAGUCAGUGUAACAAACAUACAGCGAGAUCUAUAUUGCUGUUCACAGUAUUUAUCUUUGUCUCACUUCCAUAGGGCAUGUGGUGUAAGAGAAAGACAUUUGCUAUCAAAUGUCAAAGUCAGACACUAAUGUAGUUUCAGGUGGUUACGUCAUCUUGUUUCCUCAAGAAGACACUGACAUCCAUAAAUGAACAAACUCAGAGUACACUUGAACUGUAAGACAAACAGCUGGUUGGUAUGUUGGUCCAUCCAUGUAAACCCUGAUCUUUGUUGCACAGGAGUUGGACCUGAGUUCAGAGUCUGAGGAUACUUCAUCAUCAUCAUCAUCAUCGUCGUCCUCAUCAGAUGAGGAUGAAAUACUCUGUCCUCAAUCCUCCAGAAGGAAAUGUACAAGCAGCAGGAGGAGGAGUACAAGCAGCAGAGACCUGACCUCCACUGAGUCCACCUCAGAGACAGACAUGUCCUCAGAGAGACACACACCAGGUCAGAGACAAAACAGACAUCAAACACACGAUAACCAAGAGGACUGCUGACAUCCAGACCAACUCUGAUAGAGACAUGAAGCUGUUGUCAGAAUGUGGUUUGUCAUUGUCUUGCUAAAAUAUGAAGAUCUUCCCUGAAAAAAAGUCUUCGUCUGGAUGUCAGCAGAUGUUGAUCCUAAACCUGUAGAUAUUCUUUAGCAUUAAUGGAUCCUUCACAGAUGUGGAAGAUACCCAUGACAUGGUCUCUGAUGAUCCCCAUAUCCCCAUAUCCAUAUCUGAAUCUUUGAGCAGUAUCAUGUUCUGUAGAUGAUGAAAUCCACUCAUUCUUUCACAUUUGACACUCAGGAACAUUAUUCGUACAUAACUCCAGUUGAAUUGAGGUUUCAUCUCAAUGCACACUUAUAUUCAGAUCUUUUUACCUGACACACAGUGUCUCUGCUUGCAGCAUCUCCUCCGUCAGAAGCUUCAGGUUUUCGUCGUCACAGGAACUUUCUGAGCACCAGCCCGAGCUUCAGGAGUAUGGUGAAAGAGACCAGGUAUGUUGACACACACUGUUUCACUCCAAAACAUUGACUCUCUGAACCAUCUGCUGCAGCUGGAUCACUGCAGAUGUUGAGUAAAAUCAAAAAUACCUGCAGCUCAAGUUCUCGAAUCAUCUCUAAGUUUUCUGAGUUUAUCCUGGAUGUUUGUCUGGCUGACUGACCGCUGAUAUCUUUCCUCCCCCUCUCAUAGAGAGGAUGCCUCCUCGGGUCAGAGAGGGGGGAAUCUAGAAGCUGAGAAGGAGGGGGCAGAGGAAUCCAACCAUCGUACGAUGAUUGACAGGUUACUGGGGCGCCACGGGGUCUCUAUCCCCCACCAUGACCCCAGACUGUACCGAGCUGCAGCCACCAGAACCCAGUCCAUCCCCGGCUUCAGCAUCCUGGCCUUCCCUGAUUUCUGGGGCCACCUCCCCCCACCAGGAAAUGAAGUCAUGGCCCCCCGCAGACCCAACGUCCAGAGGUACCAAAAGCAUCUAAAUAGCAGUUUCCUCAGUGAAAGGAGCUGACAGAAGAGGAUCAGAGUGUCAUAAAUAAAUAUACUCCAAUAUAUGAAGUUAUCACACUCGGUUUACAUGACACUACGUGACACUUGAGAAAACCGAAUAAUCGGAGUUUGAUAACUCUGAAUAGAGUCAGAGAACUCUGAUUAAGACACCCAGAUAAUGUGAUUGGAAUUCAAUUUUUUCUACCAUGUAACCAGCAUAGUUGGAGUAUGAUAGGACAAUGCAUGCGUACGUUCGCCACGCCCCGUAACCCCGGAACAUAAACACCAGAGAAAAGGAAUAGCAUGCAGAAAAAGUAGCGCGUACAUCAUGUACGACUAAAACAACACUGUACGAUGCUCCAUCUUCUUGCUCGAAAAUGCUCAGCAGAGCCACAUCUGAUGUCUGACACGGACCUGCUGCUGUUGUUGGGUCAACCUGAAACAAUGUGGUUAAAAAGACCCAUAUCACCCCCUAGUCUUGGGGAGGAGGACACGUUCACAUCAACGAUUCGAUUUUCUCAGCUGCAUGUAAAAGCGGACAAGGAGAGAAGUCCAAUUCCACGAAAAAAAUGAAUUAUGAGUUUAGUCUGAUUAAGCUGUGCAGGUAAACGCACUGACGGAUUGGAACAAGUUCUUUCUUCCACUUUAUUUAAGGUACCACAAUGCUAAUUUAGGGAAAUGGUUCUUUAAGUAAUCCUAGCAUGAAAGAUUAUUUGUGGAACCAGAAAUGGUUCUCAUAUUCCAUCACUCUGAAGAACCUGUUUUAGUUCCAGUUAGCACCUUUAGUUUCUGACCCAGAAACACCGUCAGAAGAGUCGUACUGGGAUGAGAAGAAAAGAGCUGGACGGAAUCUCAGAGGUCUGGAGCGCCCUUUUGUGUUCUUAAAAUCUGACCACAUUAAGCCCCUGGAGAGAUGAAAGAACACCAGACUGAUGAUAAUCCAGACGGCAGACCAGAGACAAUUUAGAGCUUGAAGCUUGACGUCCACACGCAGUCAUGUGAAAAUACAGGUGGUGCUUAUGGCGUCACAUACGUACAUACCAGAUCCUCAAAUAUAAAAGGAGAAGAUGUCAAAGAAAUGCACCUGCACAAAAGCCGCAGGCACGCAUAAAUCUCAGUGAGUCCCUCACUUCACUCGCGUGCAACAUCUCUCUGCUUCAGAGUGAAACUUUGCAGACUGUGAGGAGAAAACCAUGUCAUGAUCACAAGCGUGAGACUGUUUUUCCUCUGCUCGCUACUUCUCUGCUUAUGAAUCUUUGACCUGCUCUGACCUCCUCACCGGCUGUAAAAACACACUCAGAGCAGAGACUGCUGCGUGUGAGUCUCUCUGAAAGCGCUCGCUAAGAAAAUGUGUGCAUAGGCCAUGUGGUUUGCGUGCACCGCAGCUCUUCUUCGUCCCUGCACAAGAAUCUCUCAGGUCGAUGCAUGAAUCUCAUUUUUUCACCAACUAUUGCAUCAAGCCCUGAUGUUACUCAGCGAAGGAGGAUUUCAAAGCUCAGCUGAGACGGCUGAGUUUAAGAUGAGUUAGAGAAAGAACAGCAGCUCAGGAGGGACAUUUUAUAUCUGUGGCACCUCUGUCACAAUCUCCCUCUCCUUAUGAAGAUUUCUCUGAUCUCCUUUGCCUCUUGCACUCCUUCGCUUUUGUUCUCCUCCAUCCUGCCUGUCCCUGCUCUGUCUUUCUUCCUGAUUACUGUCUUCCCACUCUCUGUAGUCUCUCUGCCUCCCUGUCACUUCCCAUUAUUCCUCCAUCUGUUCUUUUAUUACUCCAUCCUCCUCCUUUCCAGCAGAUGUGACAGCUCAUUCUGUAGCCCGUCCUCUUCAAAUUGCUCUCUGUGGGUCCAUUUCUCUCCUCAUUUAUCCUCUCUUUGGGUUUUUGUCCUCCUUUAUUUCUUCUUCUCCUCCAUCAGUCCCGCUGCACUGAAUUUCACUCUGUAUUUGAUGCUCUGACAGCUCAGACUGAUAGAUAAAUGCUGCUCUGCUCUCUAACCUGACUGUGGGUCAGGCAUGUCUCAUGCAGUAAUUUUGCAGAAGCAUCUUAACACAGCGUACAGUCUCACAGUCUACAGACACUCACAGUCUGCACUUCUGCAGUCAGAAGCAGUCUGCAGUCACAAGGUCUUCAGUCACACAAAGGGCUCUAAAUUCCUGCCCGCCAGCAGCACAGCCCUGGGAAAUUCUUAGACUGAGGCCCACCAAGAUGCGCCAAAAUGGGGGUGGUGGUUUAGUUGGGGGAGUUGUCUAGUGAGCGCAUUUGGCAUGCUCAACCUGACUGAAUUAACACAGCUGAAACCGCACUAAAUUAAAUAUCCAAAAAUAGUCACACAUGAUGGAGUUAACAAGAUAUUUAAUUCGUACCCCCCUCCUCUUCCUCUUCUUCCUCUUCUCCCCCAUGCAGCCAGACGCUGCACGCUGUCAGGGGAGCUGGAGAGCCGCACCCCUUUAAUGCGCUACCUGGGACAGGCCGGAAUGGUAGAUGGCUCUGGGGUAGGCAGCAGCCAUUCCUCAGCAUCUGCUAGUCUCCUCAGACUAACGGCAGUUCAAUUCAGAGUUAAGCCUACAUGCCAGCAUUCAUAUGUUCAAUAUAAUAAUGUAUUAUAAUGUUCAAGUUCAGUUCAUUCGCAAACAUAAAUGUAAGAAAAAGCCAGGCCAUAGAGCGUGAUGCGUCCUUUAUGCACAGGUGGUUCAGAUUUACAUGCUGUUAUGCACGGUAUUUAUUUAUGUGGUGAUCUGUGCACACAACCCCCUUUUGUCAAGUGGCGUUUAAAUAUAUGCAACUUGAUGUGAGUGUCUUUAUAAGUAUGUUUGUCUUAUUUGUGGGCUUACUUGUGGGUACAGUCAUACAGUCUGCAGAGGGACACAGUCUGCAGUUUUACAGUCAGUCGAUAGAUAGACUGUGGCUCUGACACAUGUUAAUUAACCCAAACCAUCACACAUUCUCUGCCCGUAUACUCUGGAGUAAACAAGGUGUUCAGAUGUCCUCAGACUGUGUGGCUCAUGUACUGAAGCUGACAGUCCACAGAGCAGUAGUUUGAUCUCCACCAUCAGCCCUUUGCUGCUCCUCUCUCCUCUCUCCUCACUUUUUGACAAACAAACUGGACAGAAAUGUAAAUAUGAUAGUGUUUCAUUGUUAGACAUACAACCUGUUAGCCUCUAGCUAGCAUGCAUUGCUGACUGUUUUUUUUUUAUGUAUUGCGUCAAUCAAGAGAAAACUUGAUAGUAACAAGCUGAAAGGGGGCACGAGACCUCCUACUGUAUCAAAGGCAGACAUGAUUCUACCAGUGAUUUGAUUCUUGUCAGUGCAGGUAAACUGGGACAAGGACAGCAGUUCAGGUAAAAUGCAGGGUGGAGCUUUAACUGUAGCAGGACUUUACUGUGCAUGUCAGUGCACUGACUGUCUUCCAGUUCAUCCUGGUAUUUAACCAGCCCAGUAAGUCCUGGUUCUGCCCCUGGGUUAGACAAAGUAAAAAAAAAAAAAGACUCAAAAAGGAAAAUUCCUAACCCAGAUUAACUAUCUAAACAACCUGAACCACCUGGACCUCCUGAGCGACUUGAACCACCUGAACAACCUAAACCUGACAGUGUGCUGCUCUGUCACUGUACUUCUGACUUUAUAAAACUGUAAAACUAAAGAGAAAAUCUCACCUGUUUGACUGUAUCUUCACUCUGUGUGUGUGUCUGUGUUUCUAUCAGACUGAAGGUGUUUGAGGACAUCAGGCGUUUCCUGAGCACAAAUGACAUCAUUAACCAGGUGGUGUUCGACCUGGAGGACAGCAGGUAGAUACACACACAAAACAUCACUCAAGGAGAUUUUAAUGAAAACAAAAAAGGGGGAAAUGAUGUACAUCUUUAUUAAGACAGUGAAACUAUGAACACAGUGUUGUUGUUGUUGUUGUUGUCAAAGUGUCUCUGUCUAUUUGUGCCCUCAGUCUUCAGUGUCCUUCAGACUGUCUGAGGUUUUACUCAAAGUUUGAAAGUGGAAACCUGAGGAAGGCUGUGCAGGUCCGCAGGUACAGACACACACACAAACACACACCUGAACAGGAGAGCACCCUGAUGUAACCUCUUGGAAAAACAUUUGAAGAAUAAAUCUUGUUUCAUUGACUUUGAGAACAAUUGUCACUAAAAAUCUAAAAAGACAUGUUAAAUUAAUUAAAAUCCUGAUGUCACAGAAACACUUGAUAAGCUAAAAGCUGACAGUCUGAGAGAGAGAGAGUGGAUUUUAAAGUGAUUUUAACUCUUGUUCUAUUUAGAUCAGAUAAUACAGGAAAAACAACAAUAUUAAUAUUAAGUAGCCUACAACAAAUUCAUGUCACAAAGAGCGGCUUCAGUCUGAGAGGGUUUAAUUCCUAAACCAAGACCAAAAUGUAAGCCAACUUUUCCUAGAUUCCUUUGAGAAAAAUAAACUCUCAUUUUUGGGUCAAUAGUGUAAAAACGUUAUAUUAAUAUAUUCUAACAUUAAAAAUAAAAGGACAGAGGAGAAAACCUCAGUAUUUCCAAGAGUCAAACUCUGACAAAGAAACAUUUAAUAUUUGACCUCAGCUGACCUCCUUCCCUUUGCUUCAUCUCCUCCCCUCCUGCCUCCUUCCAUCCUGGUCCUGGUCCUGGUCCUUGCCAGGUAUGAGUAUGACCUGAUCCUAAAUGCUGACACAAACUGCUCUCAGCACACACAGUGGUUCUACUUUGAGGUCAGUAACAUGGAGCCGGACAUCCCCUAUCGAUUCAACGUCAUCAACUGUGAGAAGACCAACAGCCAGUUCAACUACGGUCAGAUACACAAACUCCUCAGUUUGUGCGUGUGCGUGUGCAUGUGUGUGUGUGUUUAAAGUAGAGCAUAUGUUAUAAAUUCAGCUGCUUGAAGAAGCUCCAUCCUUUAUUGGUUGAAUUUGAUUCACGGUCCUUUUGGCUAUGACUGCUGAAUGAGACUGAAUUUUGAAUUUCAGAGAUAAUACAAGCUGACAUUAAUCUAUCAAGACCCACUAAAUAAGGGUAGCACGGUGAAGUUGUGAAAGUUAUUAGCAGGAAGGAGGAGAGCAGGGAGAAGAGCAGGAGGAGGAGGAGAGAGGAGAAAAGUGAUUGUGAGCGUGGACAAGCGCUAACCAGUGUGAAAGAGCUGUACGCUUUGGUGGCUUAUUCAUUGAUACUUAUUUAAGAGGACCUGAAUCUAAAGUGUUACUUUGUUUUCCUCUAACAGGGAUGCAGCCGGUGCUUUACUCAGUCAGAGAGGCUCUAGAGGGCAGACCUCACUGGGUCAGGACUGGAUCUGAAGUUUGUUACUUCAGGUGAGAAUAAAUAGCUGCAUAUAUACAUCCAUUCCCUGUUUACCAUCCGGGUCCUGUUCAGGUCUGCAGCCAAUCACAGCUGUCACAUCUGGACAGGUGAUCAGCCUGUCACAAGGUAGACACAGAAACAUAAAGCCCUCAACAUGUAAGGCUUUUACAUAUUUCCAUUUCAAGGCAGUGUAUGCGUACCCCUGUGAUGAUACUCAUCCUCUUUUGAAUUGAAGUCACCCUACCUCUGUACAUAUGUGUUAACAAGCUGACUCUGGGUCUGCUGCAGAGACUCUAUGUUUUGACAGAUGAAAUCAGUGGACAGUAUCUUUAAGUCCACUACACAGAGAGCCUGGUUUGAGUCAGUCACACUGAAUAAUCAUGAGACAUGACAAUGACUGACCUGCAUAGGCUCAGACCCUAAAGAUGGUUCAGCUACAGAUAUAAAGAGCUUUUUCAUUGUGCGACUGAUGUCUGAAUGAUACCCUACAUCCCCAGCAUGAUCAGAACUAAGGGUACAGAGCUCACACAGGUAAAGAUGAUCAUUUGCCUAGACUUUUUAAAAACUACACGCUAUGUUUUUCCUCCAGGAAUCACUUCUGUCCUGCUCGAGGUCCGAGGAAGUCCACUUUCUACACACUAAGCUUCAGUGUCAGCUUCAAACACAGAGAGGAUGUCUGCUACAUCGCCUACCACUACCCCUACACCUACACUGCCCUGAAGGUAAGUACACCAUCCACCCAUCCAUCCAUAGAUCCAUCCAUAUAUUCAUCCAUCCAUCCAUCCAUCCAUCCAUCCAUCCACCCCUCCACCGAUCCAUCCGUGUGUGUGUGUUUUGUCUCAGGCCCACCUGAAGGAGCUCCAGAAGUCUGUGGAUCCGUCCAGGGUGUUUUUCAGGCAGCAGGUUCUCUGUGGGACUCUAACUGGAAACUCCUGUCCACUGGUCACCAUCACUGCCUGUCCAACCAGCCGCAGCUGGAGAGACAUGCACCAGCUGCGUGAGUACUGACAGAGUACUGUGUGAGUACUGACAUAGUACUGAGUGAGUAAUGUAUGAGGACUGUGCGAGUAUUGACUGAGGACUGUCUGUCUCGUUAUUCACAGCAUGUUGAGACAUCUGUUAUGAGUGAGGAGUCUGGUUCAUAUCUGAUUGAAUAUAGAAUUAAAGGGUCUGUGUCUUUGGAAGGACAUGCUCAGUUUUAUGGCAGAUCUGCCUGUUUUUAUACCCCUCAUUGUAUAAACACAACAUCAUUAAAGAGACUGAACUGACCAUCAGAGGUUUAUGAAUCUUAAUAAAUAAGUUGCCGGAGUUAUCACUGCUUAUAGCACUUAAUAAUGACUCCUCCAAGCUGAAUACUUAAAAUCAUUUAUGGGUAUUGUAAUAAAGCCGUAUACAUGCAUUAAUAUGGCUUAAAUCACCUAAAGUAACUUUGAAAAAAGGCUUUAUGUAGCUUUUCAUGCAUGAAAGUAUGCAUGUGUGUGUGUGUGUGUGUGUGUGUGUGUGUGUGUGUGUGUGUGUGUGUGUGUGUGUGUGUGUGUGUGUGUGUGUGUGUGUGUGUGUGUGUGUGUGUGUGUGUGUGUGUCCUGACAGAGACAGAUACUUGGACCUCCUAUCUUUGUGUUUCUCUCUUUAAUUGAAAUCCACUGACCCUACCAGCUGAAAUAUGAGGGAAUUAUCAGCUCAGGAGGAAACAGUGUGAGAUUCAUCAUAGCUUUGCCACAUUAGCAUAAUUUCACAGUUAUGUAGGAGGACGAGUGAACAGCUCUGCAGACAGUUUAAGAGUUCAGUCUUACAGUGUCAGGAGAACCACUACGAUAAAAAAAAAUCAUCAAGAUCAUGUUAUUGGGGGUUUAAUUGAUCUCAUUAGUUUCUGUCUUUGAGACUUGAAACUGAAACAAAGUGCUGAGAUCAGUCUGAUAACAGCUCUGAUUGGAUGACGGCAGCAGAUCCUGACCAUACCACAGCACAGAGUUCAGAAAUCCUCUUGUCCUCUCUGAAAGUCACUGCUCUGACUCCUGAUGACAGGUGAGCGUGAAAAGUGCUGAUGAUCACUGUGUCUCUGCAGGUAAUCGACCGUGCAUCGUGCUGACAGCUCGGGUCCAUCCGGGUGAAUCUAAUGCCAGCUGGGUGAUGAAGGGCACCCUGGAGUUCCUGUGCAGCAGCGACCCUGUGGCUCAGAGUCUGAGGGAGACCUUCAUCUUUAAAAUCAUCCCCAUGCUCAACCCUGACGGAGUAACCAAUGGCAUGUGAGUGAUGAACUCCUGCACAGGUGGACUCAGAGUGCACAGGGCAGGAGCAAACACAGACACAGGGAAUGAUGUCCGCCUUUAAAACAUGCUUACUGUCAUUGUUUCCUGACAUAGCUCAUAUUCUGAAGAGCCAUGUUUAACCGCUGGCUGCAGCAGUAAUCAUACCUCUUGUAUUUGUGGUAUGACUAUCAGCCCGAGCCUCCUUUGAAACACCAAGUGUGUGUGUGUUUGUGUUUGUGUGUUCAGGAGUCGGUGUGACCUGAACAGUGAGGAUCUGAACCGUCAGUGGUGUAAACCUGACCCCACCCUCAGUCCUACCAUCUACCACACCAAGGGCUUUCUCUACUACCUCAACAGCAUUGGACGCACGCCACUGGUGAGACCCACACCCUGCUGAUGUUAGCUUCAGGCACAAAAGUCGCUACCUGUGGGAUUCUCAAAAUCACUCUGACACCAGAGUCAACAGACUGAGACAGUGAGACUUUUGGAAAUGAUUGUUUCUGUGUAGAAAAUGAAGAUUUCAAAGAAUCUUUUCAUCAGAGACGAAUUUGUAGAAAGAACUUUAAGAUUAUCUUGAAGACUCCAAAAUCAGGCAACUGGACUGUGUAGAGUCCAGUUGCCUAAGUUGGAGUCUUCAAGAAAACCAUGACCUGGAUGAAUGAGAAUCUACAUGGACAACUUUAAGAUUACUGCUUCUAUUACAGAGCUUUAUGUUCGCUAAAGGAUACCAUUAUUAACAGGUGUAGUUUCAUGUAUGUGUUCAUGUGUCCAGUUUAGGCCUGUAAGACAGGACAACAGACAUCCAACAAUCUAUCACAUAUUUUACCUGACCAUUGAACAUAAUCACAUCUGUCAGGCUGUCAGGUAAAGGUGCUCAAACUAACUCUGGGUUUUGGGUUCUUUAAUGCUGAGUACUAGAAACUGGGUGCUACAACACUGGGUUCUAGAGAGCCGGGUUCUGGAGUUCUGCAUUCUGGAAUGCAGGAUUCCUGAAUGCUUGGUUUUGGUGAGCUGGGUUCUAGAAUGUUGGGUUCUUGGGGUCUUUGAAGUUCCUUAAAGAGACAGUACCUUUAAGCCCCACUCAGAUAAGAAUCCUGUUUUUCUAGUUUCAUCUACAUGUUCAUAUGGCAUUUUUCUGAAACUAGAGGUCAUAUCAUGAGAAAACCAAGUGCAAAAUUGCUUUUCUGAGUAUUUCUGCAUUCAAAGGGCUGUCAACCUCUGGCAGACCCAAACAGCAGGCUCAGACACAUAGAGAUUUCUUAUGUCACAAAUCCAGGCUCCACUCCUAGCCAUGUUCUGCAAACUAGACACCAAGCAGUGUGUGGUAGCGGAUUGCAAUGCUCGUAAGAAAGCUUAUCAUAACUUCAUCAUGCCCCCAAAGAUGUUAGUGUCAGAAAGCUGAAUAGAGCCUAUAUUACCUGCCAAUCCUACUACCUAAUGCUACUAAUAACACAGGUAAUCCGAUUUUGGCUAAAAACGUCAUAAUCAAAAUUUAAAGACCACUGAUAACACUUAAAGUAUUAAAAAAAGAUCAGAAUGGGACUUUGAAUGAAGUGUUUUGUCAGAGGCUAAAGUAAGGGUUUAUAAAGACACCGAUCAGAGAUCUGGGCACAAGAUUACUUUAAUGUGAAUCAGGUAAAGAGACUCUAGAGCUCUUAGAGGGAGGACAGACUGACUAAACAGGAUCGAGAGAUGUUCUCUUUAUGUGUUACAAAUUGUCUAAUUAUCUAGUGUUUCUGUGUCUACCUGUCUUCUAGGUGUUUUGUGACUAUCAUGGACACUCCAGGAAGAAGAACGUCUUUCUGUACGGCUGCAGUGUGAAGGAGACACUGUGGCAGUCUGGCUCUGCUGUGGACACUGUUGGGCUGAAGGAGGACCCUGGAUACAGAGUGAGACAGAGACAGUGAGACAGAGACACACAUUAACUAUACACACACACACACACACACACACACACACACACACACACACACACACACACAGAAACUACAGACUCACUGAUGGAAAUGUCUCUGCCUUUUUCUUUCUUCAGACCAUUCCAAAGACGUUAGAUCGAAUUGCUCCGGCUUUCUCCUUCAACAGCUGCAACUACCUGGUAAUCUGACUCAGUAAUAGGGAUGGGUAUUGAUAAGAUUUUGAUAAGGAUCUAAAUGGAUUCAACCAUUUCUAAUCGGUUCUUAACACGAACUGGUUAUUGAUACCCAUCUCUACUCAGUAAUUUCUUAGUAUAAACACUAGAAUAAAUGAUCGGUGUUAAUUAAUCUGGAUCACAUAUAUUAGUUUGGACCACAUUAGUCAAUCGGGAUCUUGUCUAAGCAGUGGUGUAUCUGCACCCUGUCAGGUGGAGAAAUCUCGCGCAUCCACGGCAAGGGUGGUGGUUUGGAGAGAGAUGGGUGUGCUGAGAAGCUACACCAUGGAGAGCACCUACAAUGGCUGUGACCAGGGGAUAUACAAGGUGUGUGUGUGUGUGUUCAGCACAGACGCUCUGAGACCUCCCAAACCUUUCCCUCUAAUAUUUCUGUUUCCUCUUUGUCUAUAACCUGUGAAUUGAGGAUGACUUGAGGGGUGAGCUUCAUGACUUAAUACUGUCUCUGUGUGUGUGUGUGUAGGGGCUUCAGACAGGAACUGGAGAAAUGCAGGAGAUGGGCAUGAAGUUCUGUCAGAGUCUCCUGUACGUCAUUAGGGACACACGCUCUCUUUACAAUAAGACACUGAUCAACCACAUCGACCUGGACCACAGCGUCCUCGACCACAAGUCACACAAGUGAGGACACAUUACACACAAACCCACGACCAACAUCCAACACGACCAACAAAUCCAAAAUGACCAACACAUCCAACAUCUCCUACACAUACAAAACCUCCAAUACAUUCAACACAUCCAACAUGAACAAGACAUCCAUCACAUCCAACCAAACCGACACAACCAACAUCUCCUACACAUACAAAACAUCCAAUACAUCUAACACAUCCAUAACUUUCAACCUGACCAACACAUCCAACAUCUUCUACACAUCCAAUACAUCCAACACAUCCAACAUAACCAACAUAUCCUUUAUAUCCAACCUGACCAACACAUCCAACAUAACCAACAUAUCCUUUAUAUCCAACCUGACCAACACAUCCAACACAUCCAACAUAUCCUUUAUAUCCAACCUGACCAACACAUACAACAUAACCAACAUAUCCUUUACAUCCAACCUGACCAACACAUCCAACAUAACCAAAACAUCCAACAUCCAUUACAUUCUACAUGGCCAACACAUCCAACAUCUCCUACACAUACCAAACAACCAAUACAUCCAACAUAAUCAACAUGACCAAGACUUCCAUUACAUCCAUAACAUUCAACAUGACCAACAACUUUUUUACAUCAAAUGUAACCAACUCAUCCGACAAAACCAACAUCUUCAACACAUCAGACACAUCAAACAUAACCAACGCAUCCAAAACAUCUAACUUACCAACAGAAUAAUAGAACCAACAAGACCAACACAUCCAUCACACCUAACAUCUCCAACACAUAAGACAUGACCAACACGUCCUGGUCAUUGAAUACAAAAUACUCAUGACAAACCUGUCCAAAACAUCAGACAAGUCCUUGAAGCCCAACACUGUCAGAAUGCCGAACACAGCCGAGCUGUCCAUUACGUCAAGUUUAACCAGUCAGGUGUGAUCAACACACCCACAUACACACACACACACAUACAUGUAUAGUAGACAUUCACUCUGUCUUUUCUCUCUCUGUCUGUCUCUCUCUCUCUCUCUCUUUCUCUCUCUGUCAAAUGAAAUCAGUGUGUAGGUCACGUCCUCUCUGUCCCUGCAGACUGCCAGUGUGUCUCGAGACACUGUCACUCUCUCUCACACACACACAAACAUACAGACACACCCAGAACAUCCCAUGAGGAUGUGUACUCGGGGUACUCUGUUCUUGUGUGUGUCGCUGUGUGUCAGCUGUCAGUCAGUGUGUGUGUACUUAAGAUCAGAGUUUGAGGACAGACACACACACUCCUUCUCUAUCUCUCUCUCUCUCACACACAUACACAGACACACACAGACAUACACAGACUGUCAGAGCGUCGGACCAGCAGGUGGCGAUGGUGUGUAAUCAGUCAGUACUAUAGAGAAACAGUGUGGUCAUGAAUACGAAGCUGUGAUUAUGAACAGUAUAAACUGUAAAUUGUGUGAAUAUUAAAGGUUACAGUGAGAUAAAUUUACCAGAGUCAGAUUCAAUACAGAGGACGAAUCAUCUCUGUGUUUUGGUGCUAACACAAUAAACACAUUAACAUAAAUAAAGAAAAAUGAAAAAUAGCAGUACUUACAUUAUUGUCACCCUAUUAAAAUAAUGGCCUAAGUCAUUUUUUGACAGAAAUGAGUUUUUGUUUUUGAUAAUGCUGGCCAUCUCUGGUAAAAUCGCCCAAAUCAUUAGUUGAAAGGAUCAUGCCUUGAUGCUUUCAACUAAGGAUUUAUUAAUGGAGUGGAUUGAACAGUGAACCCUGGGCAGAUUUCUGACACAGAGCUCCUGAACAUUCCUAGAAAAGUUUUAGAUUGUGUGUGAAAGGAGUUGAACAUCAUCACCAGUCACUGAGAUGCUAAUGGAAAGCUCAGUUAUUGGAUUUAAAAUUGAAACUGUAGGAAGCAGCUUUAGUUCUGAAUGAAUAAAGCAUGAAUAAAAUAUUAAACUGUCGAUCACACAGGCUGUUAAAGUGCCUUGAGUCUUCACAUUGUGUAGAUUAUCUCUCUGAACAUAAAUCCUCUUUGUCUAUCCUGAAGCUGUUUCGAGGAUGAUGAGCCUCCCUGCGUGGAAGAGAUUGAAUACUCGGCGGACUGUCCUCCUCUACACGGCACUGACCUGGACUCAGAGGUCAACAGCAACAUGGCGGACACUGAGGAGGAGGAGGGGGAAGAAGAGGGUCACCAGGGGACGACACGCAGAGACAGCCUUGGACAGCUGUCCAACAUGAAGAACCGUCUGUUCCCCCAUCGGACCCGACAGUCCUCCAUGGAGACACUUGGCGAGAGGAGAAAGUCGUGUAAUGGCGUGAGCAUUGCUAAUGGACAGAUCAUCAGCUAAAGGGACAUGUCUGUGUUUUUUAGUCAUAGCAAACCUCAGAUCUAUUUUGAUCAAAGUGCUCCUGAACAAUUAGAGGUGAGUUCACACUGAAAGAUUCACAAACUUAAUCGGGAAACAGGUGUGAACGCAGUUUAAAUGCCUCAAUCACAGCAGAAAAACUUAGACGCCUAUUUGAAAAAAAAAAAAACAACAACAUUUAAUCUGAUCAUCUUAACUCCUGACCCACCAGCUUGAUAAACAUCUCCACCCCUUUACUCAUAUGUACCUCUCCCCCUCCUCACGGGUUUCUCUUUGCUCCUCUGAACAGAGUCAACAGGAUUGUGGUGAAACUGUCCCCCCAUAAAAGAGACAACUUACCUGAUCCGUAAAGUACCAAAGCAUCACCAAACACUUAAACAUGAGACCAAGACAACAUGUUUUGUCUUUUUUAUGUCUCUUCUUUUUCCGUCAGGUUUUGUUUCUGCCCGGCCUCUGAUUGCAGAUUUCUGCUGUUUAACUCAAAGCUUGGUGUGCAGACUGUUGAGCAAAACUUAGACCAGGUUCAGUCUGAUUGAGGUAAAUAUACCAACAGAAAGCAAUCCCCAUCACAUUAUCCAGGUAUGUAAGGCCGACUAGGAAGUUUGUUUGGUCUGAUUUCAGUCAGACCAACAUGUUUACAAGUCUAGAGUCUGUUGGAUUUAACACGGUAAACAGAUUUCUUUGAUCACGUUGAGUGAAACUUAAGCAUACUAGAGUUAUUUGAUACCCAAUCUCAAGGAAAGGACCAUGAUAAACUGAAACAACAUCCAGCUGAGAUAAAUACAUUACGUUUUUCCAUUUCAUUUAUUGCUUGAAAAGCAUCUCUCUAUUAAUCCUGAAGGGCUGAUGGUGUCCUUCCAUCCCAACAGGAAUUGGGACCCCUUAACCCUUUCUGUAGAGGCAUAACGUGUGAGAAGGCCAAGGGUUAGGGGUUCAAUCAAAAGUCUCUAUGUCACUUUGUCCUUCAUCAGCUGACAGAUUCAACAAACUUAACGCACCUGUCAGGAUUACAAGUGUGUGAAGGAGAUGAAACGCUGUCUCUGUUUAAAGUUUAACCACAGCGGCCUCUCUAAAGCUUAAAAUCAGACUCCAUCAGGGAUCUGGGAUGAAAAUGAUCUGUAAAUGAUCAAUAAAUGAUCAGCUGAUGGUGCGAAUGGUCAGGAGAGUCUUAAAGGAGAGGAAAACUGAACAAGGACUGAACUCCUCUCUUGAGAGUAAAGAUCAGGCUGCAUGCUGACACGUGUUUUUUCUCUAAGGUUUUAGUAGAAAGUCCUGUUUCCUGAGGUGUCUCAGAUUUACAGUGUCUGCAGUCUGUUUGUUUGUUUGUUUGUUUGUUUGUUUUUUUAAUUUGUUUUCAAAGAUGAAAUCAGCUGACUGUCCUCAUGGAGGAUUCAGGCUGCUCCCACACCUGGCUCUGUUACAAAAGCUGGUCUAAAACAAGGUGAUUCUUCCCAAAACCAGAUUGUUUCGAUCCUUCAGAUGUGAUCAUCUGGAGUGUUUGGAUCAGAUGAAAAACCAGCAGUCCUUCUCUGAUGUGAAUUAAACCAGUGAGGUGAAAGCACAGAGACAAGGUGGACUCUGUUUCCAGUCCUGAGCCUAGCUCAUAAUUUAGAAAUGGUCUGAAAGGACAUAAUAGUGGUUUUUGAGACUCUGGCUUUUUCUUAUCAUGAUAUACCCGUAAACUGUUGACUGGCCCAUCCCUACUUUCAACAAAGACAUGUGCACAAGUGGUUAUGAGACACAGAUCCUGUAGCAGUCUUAAAUGUGAUGACAGCACCCCCGAUAAAAACCUCAGUUUUCUGACAUGAUCUCACAGGCAGCAUGACCUCUGAAGUCAGUAUUUAAACUGCCUGAGCCGGCCAAUGAAAAAAGUCAUCAGCUGUUUCUGACCCUGUCAAUCACAACGUCUACCCCAUACCUAUGAUUUAAUCACCUAAAACCAGGACAAAGCAGGCACAGUUAUGGGAGCAGCCUAUUUAUUCACCUAUUAACUACCUAUAACCACCAACACUUGAAGUUGUCUUUCAUUUCAGAGUUUAUUUUCUGUCUGUACGCACAAACUUUGGAUGAUAAAGUCUUACACCGGCCUAACUGCACUGAGAGCUGCUGUUGCUGCUGAGUUAAACCUUUAUCUCUUGUUAGUGUUUUCACUGAUAUGAAUAAGAGACCAAACUCUCUGUGAAAAACUCUCUGCUCCGACUGAUUCAAAGGUUCAGUGAUCUCUAAGAGGAUGAUCUGGAGGUGACGGCUGCUCAUGGAAAACUAAAAAUGCCGAUUUUGAGGGUUUGUUUCCCCAUUUUUGCCAUUAAUCAGUGACUUUCUGAAACUUAGAGUAAGUCAAGACAUUUUACUUUCCUUAGUUUGGUCUGAUGAAGUGUGUGAACACAGCCGUGAGAAGAGGAUCAGGGAAGACAGCAGCAAGUGAUCAAAAGUUUGAGAUAACAUGGCCAAGAGUGCCAUGAAAGCGUUUACCUCGUCUACCGGACACAGCAAGCAGCUACAACGUCUUAUAACUCUCAGGUAUAAACCACGGCCGAGCUCACCUUGAGGUAUUUAACAAAGUGCUUUUUGUUUUAUUUUAAUCAGAGAGAGCUCAGGAGAGACACAGUCCACUCAGAGACGUCACAGAUCCUUCUGGAAAUGUCCUCUCCUCUGACAUUUCUGCACUUAAAACUACUGUCCUUGAUAAUCUGAUCCGACCUGUUUUUUUGUUAAAGAUUUAUAUUGUUUUUUUUAACAGGUUCAGACUGUAAUCUUUUUAUGAAAGACUGAUCCUCAGAGGACGAACCCUGCUGUGUCUGUGUCUCACUCCACGAGAUUUUUUCUGAAUAGAUUUUGGAGAACAACAGAAAUUAAUAUUCUGACCAAGUCCAUCCUGUUUCGCUCAGUGGGAAGCAGAUGGCAGAUGCUCUUCAGAGGAUGAACUCUCAUUAUUAGAGCAAGACUGUGAGGCUAUAGGGUAUAUCAGAGCUUUAGCUGCAUUUAUAAAUUCGCAGAUUUAAACACUUUAGUAUAACCCUCGCAUACAUGCCCAGAGUAAAUUAUCUGUGUCAGGGCACUUCAAAGAAAAAAACAGAUGUUAUAAUGUUCAAACCUUUAAUUUUCUCCCUCACAGAUCUAUCUCAUAUUCAAUAUUAUAUCAUAAUAUAGAUACUCCUCCACUUUUAGGUAACCAGACACCAGCAGUCACUGAUAAUGUGUGUAGUUUAAUACAGCCACAGUCCUGCAGCCUGCUGCAGAGAAAUGCAGAAAUCUGAUCCACUCUUGAGACUGUGCAUGGAGACAGUCCUGACUGCGGUUUAUUACGUCAGGAAGAAAUGAUAUAUGCAUCAAUCUAUGUGGACUUAUCUUCAAUAUUCCUUCUAAUUUUUGUGUUUUCCCGUUUCAGCAUCAAGAGCAGGCAUAAAUAAAACAUGUUAAACUGUGUGAAGAGAAGCACUCUUUGGGAUAUUGACCAGUUUAUCCCAGCAGCAGCAGCAGCAGUAUAGAGGAGGGAGCAUUAAAUUCAGCCUCUGUUUAAAGACACCGAGUAAACUGAUAAACAGCUGAUAUCUCUUUAUAAAACAUGCAGUCGGUCCUGUAUAUGAUACAGUCAGUCAUAGUGGAGAGAAGAGUUGUGUGAACGUCAGCAUGAAAGUUUUCUAGGAGUCUGAGUUAUGAUCCACA